UCGACUAAUCUGCACAACACGAUCUAUACAAUCCGAGCCAAACGCAAUUCUCCUUGAAAUAAUCUCUCGACCCGAUCAAGAACAAGCAAAUCGAAUCAAAAUCAAGAGGCGGUCAUUAAAUACUUUGUCUGUCGCCCAUCAUGGGGCUCUCUUCCAACCCGUCGUCUGCCUUUACAGGCGUCGUCAUCGGCCUCGUGUCAUCCUUCGGCUCCAUCGUCCUCAUCGCCCUAGUUAUCUUCAUCUUCUGGGUUUCUGGCUGCGCGAGUACCGGCCGUAUCAUCCUCGAUCGUCUCGGUCGACCUGGCGAAUACGAUGAUGAACAAGCGUUCGCACGCGAUGAGGCUGAGGCCCUUGAGGUCAUGGAUGAUAUGUCUCGCCAAGAAUAUCUACGUGCAAAGGCCUGGGUCACUGCAAACCCUCCCGAAUCAAUGCAGACUGAUAUCUCUCUGUCCCAAUACCUCGCCAUACAAGAAAAGGGUGUCUCCGCAUGGGAAUUUGAGCCUGAACUGGAGAUCGCCAACUGCUUUGUCGAAGCUCGUACCGAAAUCGAAUUCUUUGACUCGGAAUGCACCGUCAUGAGCAAUCUCCCUGUUCCCAAGCAGAACGAUGUCUACUACUGGGAAGCCAAGAUCUACGAAAAGCCCGAAAACACUCUUCUCAGUAUCGGCAUGGCUACCAAGCCUUAUCCUCUCUUCCGACUGCCAGGUUAUCACAAGUACUCUGUUGGAUAUCAAUCUACCGGUGCCCGCCGCUACAAUCAACCAUUUGGCGCGACUCCCUAUGGUCCCCCGCUGGUGCAAGGCGAUGUCGUUGGGGUGGGUUAUCGUCCUCGAACCGGUGCUAUCUUCUUCACUCGCAAUGGUAAGAAGCUCGAGGAGGUUGUUCACGGACUCAAGGCGCAAAACUUCUUCCCUGCCAUCGGUGCAAACGGCCCUGCUACUAUUCACGUCAACCUUGGUCAGGCCGGCUUCGUCUUCAUCGAGGCCAACGUCAAGAAAUGGGGUCUGGCUCCUGUGACUGGAAGCCUGGCUCCUCCGCCACCAUAUGGAUCUGAGCAGGGUAGCAUACUGUUGGAAGCUGGCACCAAGGACGGCAACACUUAUCCUCAAGGACGGCAACACAGCCACUCCAUCACUGCAAGCUCUUACAACACACGCAACCCAUCUAACGAUCUGAACCCUUCGCAUGGACGAACACGUAGUGGUAACUUUCGCGUCCUUCCUCCAACAAGUCCCGGACCAGUUAGAAGCUCGACCGAUAUUUCUUUGGCUCAUUUUGUACCCAACGAGGAGAACGGCGAAGCUAGCAGCAAUGCCGGACCUCAACAGGAGACGCACGACCACAACCCUCUGCAUCUGCAUCUCGAAGAUGCGACAAACCCGCCUCCUGAAUACCAAAGUCCCGACCAUUCAGGUAGCGAAGAUGGUCGAUAUGGAAGUGACAGCGAGGAAGAUACGCCUCUUAUUCGCGUAAUGAACCGCAGCCGAGGUAACUCUUCCACUACGGUGCUUCCCUCACGGCAAACUCCAAGUCCUCGCCAACCACCAGUACCCAGCUAUAGUGACGCUAUGCGGCAAGGAGCUGGUCGUGACCGUAGUGAUAGUGCUCGAUUACCGCCACCGAACCGAACGCCAUCCAAUAGACCUCGCAGUAGCACUUCUGCUUGAGUGGGCAUUCGAAUGCGGCCUG